UAUGUAGUUCAUAAAUUCCUAUUCAAUGGAUAGGAUAAGAUAAGAUAAGAUAAAAACUAGAGUGACCUGGUCCUGACCUGACCUGACAUACCAAUACUAACAGAUCACAGUCUUCACGAGAUGAUAUUCAUUGUUUCAUCGUAAUAAGAGGAAAAAAUUAUUUAAACUAUUAAUGUUAAAUCAACUGUAGUUAUCGCUUUGAAUUGGUUUUUCAAUUUGUUUUGUGAUAAAGAAUUUAAAAUGCAGGUAACACCAGAUUUAGAAAAUUCAUGCAUAUUUCAAAUCCAACAAAACAUGCAGCAUUUGCUGGGAAAGCACGGAGCAUCACAGGUGUACAUCCCUUGUAUAAAGCUUUUGGCCCUUCUUUCUUCAUUAAAGCUACAAAAACAUCUCGGAUCCCAUGUUUACGACUUUUUAACACGUCAGGAGGCAUUCCAACGAUCCAAUUGGCAAUACCGGCACAACCACCAGCGAAUAUUGUAGGCAAUAGUCCUAAACUUCCAUCCUUUGGAGUCAACCAAUUUUUCAAACAUUCAUACGUUGCAAAAUACAUUCCACUGGCAGGGAUAUCUGAAAGUUUUGAAAAAGGAAUUAUAUAUCGAGGAAACAGAUAAUGAGAAAGCUAUUUUCUUGAAAUACUUCAUGAAGCAAAAGAAUAUGGUAACAUAAUGAAAACCAUAUUCUUAGACAACAAUAACAGUGAAAAAAGAUUAAGUUCCACCUGGAUCUACAUAAUCCAAGCAUCUUGUGAAAACGUUAUUUAUAAUUAUAAAGCGAGAAUAGUAUGUGUGGGCUGCUAGAUAGGAAACAUCCUGUUUGAUAGGGGACAUCGAGGCAGAAGAUAACAGUUAACAAAAUUCAGUUUCCUUCGAACCAGCGUACCAUUACUGGUUUUAAGAUCCAUUUUUCUUCAUUCCUCUAGUUCAAAGUGGAUAAUGACGGUUGUUUUAAUUCUCCUGAUCACUCUUCUGAACGAGUGCUUUGGUCAGAUAAUCGACAUUGGUGGUGUCUGGGAGGUGAAAUGUCCCCAAGGAUGUUCUUGCGAGGUACAACGAUUCGCUGAUUUGCCUCUACAGCGUUGGAUCCGGACAAAUCAAGAUCAGGCUUUGUCUAGUGAUGACGAUUUAGAACUUAGUUUAAACAUGGAUCAUUCUAUGAUUAGCGAAUUCUUGAAGGUAGCGAUCUGUGUCGUAGCAGAAGAUUAUGAAGAACUUUUGGAAAAACUUCCAUCGGAUAUGCAAAUUUUUACAAUACUCGAAUCUGGUGUGAAAGAUUUUCAGAUUCUCCUACAGUCUACAACAUUUCAGCGUUUUACAGAUUUAAUUUCCUUAGACAUACAAGGCAUAGAUUAUAAUGAACCUGGACGAAAGUAUUUAAAUAACGAACAGAGAAAUCGGGGCGGAAUCAUUUUAUCUGUUGACUCUCUGUAUCCAUUGGGUUUAAAUCUUCUUUAUUUGAAUUUGGAACGAGUGAAACUAACUAGUCUGAGCCCAACAAAAAAAAACAAAGCCAAUUUGGUAGUUAAACCGAUGAAUACAACCGAAGAGGAAAACAGAAACAAGCAGUUGCUAAAUACAGGGCAUAGAUUAAUAUUUUUAAGUCAACAAAAUAGCGAUGACAGUAAUGACAAAGAAAUACUCCCUUAUGAUAUCUACAAGCAAGAAAUGGAGGGCUACAGAGAAACUGUUGGGCUUUUUACUGGUUUAGGGAGCUUAACACACUUAAGAGUUUACGAUUGUAAUUUGCAAGACAUAUCGUGGCAUAUGUUCGAUGGUUUGAACAGUCUUGUCUAUCUUUCAUUGGAGAAAAACAAUUUAAAAUUUAUUCCAGAAUUUUGUUUUUAUGGUACACCUAAUGUAAAAGUACUUUCACUUGCAAGCAAUCAGUUAUUAACACUUAAAAGCGUUGACUUGGCAGGCUUGCUGAUGCUUGAAAAUCUUGAUUUAAGAGGAAAUAAUUUAACUUUCUUGUCAGAGUUAUCUCUGCCUCCUUUUCCAAUGCUGAAGUUAGCAGAUUUCCGUGGAAAUCCCUUAGAUUCAGUAUUUCCAAGUACCUUUGAAAUUAUGAAUACAACGAUCAAAUUAUUCUUGGGAGGGGAAUACUCAAAACUGUAUUUGCAGAAAAAUUCCUUUUUGGGAUUACAUCAACUUCAAGUGUUGCAUCUAUACAAUUUGGAGAUACAUGUUUUGGAACGCUUCGUAUUUCAAGGAAUGCAACAGUUAUUACAGCUAAAAGCACGUGGAAAUAUUUCAAGCAUAGAAUUUGACGCAUUCGUCGAUUUAAUCCAACUGCAGGAUCUUGAUUUAAGUCAUUGCCAUAUUCGUAAAAUAUCUAUGGAUGCCUUUUAUGGGUUGGAGCACGUUAAGCGCAUAGAUUUAUCUAACAACGAGUUAGAAUUUAUUCCGCCUGGUCUCUUUGGAGUACAACAGCAAAAGGAACUUAAGGAAAUCAUUCUUACAAAAAAUAAAUUGACUAUGCUUCCUCUAGAUUUUUUCAAGAUGUUGCGUGGUCCAAAUAAACAACAACAAAUAACAACCGUUAGAUUAGAUGGUAAUCCAUGGGAUUGUACUUGUUCUAUGACCACAUGGAAUCCUCAAUUGGUGAACAGAUUACGAGAAACAGCACCGCGUUGCUCAACCCCGAAAGGAUUGCGAAACUGGGGCGUUUUCUACGCGCUACGAAAAGGAGGUUUGCAAUGUAGGAGUUUGAGAAGGAAACAUUUUAAGAAAUCCCCUACUGGAAGGAGCUCUUACGAAGACAACACCAUCAGUUAGAUAAUUUACAAAUAAUAAAUAUUUGUAUAAAAACAACAAAACUCAAAUGUAAUAAAAUUCUUAAUUUUCAACUUUUA